AUGGACAAAGAUUGCGACAUGGUAUAUAAGAAUGUUUCUGACAUAUAUAAAUCCGGGGAGUUUAAGACCUACGAUAACUUUGUUUCGUUAGUUGCUGAAUGUGUAUGGCAGAUAAGAGAUAAAGAUAGAAGAGGUAAAAUAUGGAACGAACAGAUAAGACCAACUGCUUUUGAGUUAAAGAAAACCAUUGACGCUUUAGUUGUUUUAGCAGGUAAGGUUUCAAUGUAUAACGCAAAAAUGAACCCGCAAUGUUCUAAAUGUAAAGCAGCAAUUAGGAAAUAUAACUACUCCGUCAAAGAGAUAGAAAGAAUGCGAAACGACUAUGCAGACUUAAAGAAAGAAGCAGAAAAGCCAGCAGAAAAUAAAAUGGACAUGUUAGCAUUUCUGAACAAAAACUAUCCAACUGCUGACGAUUUCCUUCUAUCUGACGUCAAGAAGAAAUAUAAAGAAACUUUCGGCAUUGUUAAAACUUUUGACAUACUGACAGAAGAAAUAGAAGCUACGAAAUUGUUUAGGAUUUCAAAUAUACAUCGUACAAUUCAUGUAAAACGCUUGUGA